AUGGAGAUCUCUGCAAAAGGGAAGAGGAUACACUAUGAUUUGGGAGCAUAUCACUUUCUUCAAGAAAGAUAUGAAGAUGGAUAUUCACACUUUGCUGAGGCUUAUAAAUUGAUGUCAGAACUGGGGCCACAGCCAGAGUAUUGUCAAGUAAAUAUUGACAAGCUAAAAGGAUACUACAGCAGCUGUGCUUCACUUUGUGGACGGUCAACCCCAUUAGAAAAAAGAUCACUCUAUGACAGAUUUCUGUACUCUCUGGGUAAUGGAUACCAGGAUUUAGUCAAAGUUCUGUCCGAGGACAAUUUGGUAUUUGAAAUUCCAUUAUAUCUUCGCAAAAAUCUUGAAUUGGACUUGCAAGCCUGGCCCAAGAAAACUCCUCAAGGACUACUUAUGCAGGUACAGACUCUCAACACCAUUCGAUGUGUACUGGAAGGAGAAUCAUGGAACAGUGGCUACCCCCUUCACUUGGCACAGUCUGGGAAAUCAGGGGUUCAGUUUUUGAUUCAGGCAUUAGCAGCAAAGUUCUCAAAAUUCAACAACUCACACAAAGAAAGACUGCGCAUGUUCAUAAUGGCCGUAAGUAUUGCCUCAGACAUAUCUGAGACCCUCAUUCCUGCAAUCAGAGCUUGUCCUCCAAUCAAAGCUCUGUUCUCACAGGAAGAAUUGCUUUUGAUGUGGCCUAAGUAUGAAGAAUCACAUCAAGUUUAUCAAUCAGAUGCUGUGAUGCUUUAUAAAACUACAUUACCUCCUAGACAAGACAUACCAAAAAAGGAAAUUCCAGAACUCAAUACUAAAUGGGAAAUGCCCAUACCCAUAUACAACACCUUGAUGAAAUUGCCACAAACACCUCAAAGAGAACUGGUGUUUUUAUGCAUUGCAAAGGCUGUGGAACUUGCUCAGGCAAAGAGCUUCAGGAGUUCAUUAAGUCUUUUAGAAGAAGCCAGUAGCCAUGCAGCGAAACUCCCAGGAAGAGAAACUGGUCGCCUUUGUAAACUCUUGAUAUGGAUGUUACUUAUGACCAAGAUUCAGCAUUGUAUUCAUGAAUUACCCUGUGUUGAUAGUAAUGUAAUGAGCGAGCUGACAAGUGAGGCCCGGCAAUGCCUUAGUGCACACAGUGGAAGGGAUGGCAUUGCUCCUUGGACUGGUGUAAAUAACUGGUGUAUUCUUCUGCUACUUAAUGCUGGUGAGUGGGGCAGCCUCUUAGGAGGGAUAUCUCUACCUUCUCACAUAUACCUGCUGGGACUGGUGAAGCCUCUAGCUGCUACUGCUCAUGCCUUGAGGGAGAAGCAUACCAGUAAAACAGUGUGGUAUGAUCUCUGGGAUGUAGUUAGAUAUAGCCAGAUGGUGGAAAACUCGGAAGAUUCAAGAGUGUGGUUACGAGAGCAGAGGACAAGUCCAAGCACAAGCACUCUACUACUCGUUACAGGAGUUCGAGGAGAGACUGUACAUCUUCAACUCAGUCAGCUGGUCCCGCGGUACCACAACAAAUGUCUCCCUCUCCCUCUCCGGGAGGAGGUGCACACUGCUCCUUGGGACGUGCUUAUGGACACCCUCACCGAAUUAAGGGGCGACAUGGAGAAAUUGAAAGCUGAGAGACGGCAUGGCACACAGGACUCCUUGACUGCUGGAAGAAGUGUUCCUACCAGCAGCGGUGACCUGUUGAGUGUAACUCAGAUUUUAGAGGCACUGAAAUCAGACACUAAAUGGACUGAUUUCUGCAUGAAGGAAGUUGUAGUUGGAAUCAUAGCCAACAGCUCACAGCACAAGCGGUCCAGCUCUGGACAGUCUCUUUCCAUGGAACGUCAUCAUGAUUCAGUUGUCAUGAGUCGAUCAGCUUUUCUUGACUUUCUGGAAAAUUUACGUGAACCAAGUUGCUUGUCCAUCCUUAUCUCUCUCCUUGGUCAUGUUUUGAACUUGCUGAACCAGGAACCAAGCAGUGAGAUUCACAUAGAUCACCUGGCCAUGUGGCCACAAACUGUCAGUGGAAAUGGUUUAAAGGAUAAAGUAAAAGACACUCUCACCUGGUUAGUUGACCAUGCAACAAGAUUGUACCCCACAGGAACACAUACAAGUGCAGCCUUGUGUACUUCAUGGCAUUUAUCCAGAGCUGACCUAGCAUACAUGAGCGACCAGUAUCACAAUGCUCUGGCAGGUUACCUCACUGCUGUGUUUGUUGCCACUGAUUUCCUCAGAAAUGACAAUGGGGUUGACCAGUCUGUGCUCACUGACAGUAUAAUUAGGAGAAUGAUACGAUGCUGCAUGAACCUCAACUGCUAUACACAGGCAACCAUCUUGUGUCAGUUCCUAGAGAACAUCGACUACUGCACAGCACUCCGCUGCCUGCAGGAGAGGAGUGCUGUGGAUGCCAUGGAUGCUUACUAUUGCUGCCUUUGGGAUGUGUCACUAAUUGAAUUCAUCAUUAACAUGCACCACAAACGUGGAGAGGUACAGCGCAGAGAUAAGGCACUCAAGAUGAUGGGUCUCCUUGAGGUCAAUUCCAACAACAAUGAUGAAAUCCAGAGAGAAGCAGCCAAAGUUCGCAAGCACAGGUUUCUCCGCUCUAUGGCAAAACAAUACUUGUGAUGAGAGUGUAGAUGUGAGUGAAAUAUUUUGGUGACAAGCAUACAUAGAUACUGCUUUUGCUCAUGCUUGUGAGAUUUAGUACAAAAGUCAAAGACACAAGAAAGCAGUUGUGAAACUGAAGAGGGUACUGUAUUUGAAAGAAGUUUGUGGCAUGAAUGGAGUGAAUGUUUAGAGUAAUGAAAGUGCCUAUAGAAGGAUUUUUUUCAUGUUAGGAAAAAGGAAAGAAUAAUGGUGUGCUAUAGACUGAUAAAAUGCAGCACUUAAAAAAAAUAAAUAAAAGAUAAGAAAAUAUACAUGAGUUGUGUGAAUGUUGUGAGUGUAAGAGAAAAUGGGGAGGAUGAGUUGAGGUUGCUGUGGUCCAGUGGUACUCUGCACACUUGGAAUCUGAUGGAUCCUCAGGUCCAUGGUUUAAGGUUAGGAAAGACAUCUGCUGGAGAUAACAAAUUCCAAAUUCCCAAAUCCCCAAAACAAAAGUCCUCUGUUUGGAGGCACUGUCCUAGCCCUAAUUCAUUAGGGAAACCCAGACUUGAAAACUUUAAGGGAAAAAAAGAGAGAAAGAAGAAAAUGAGAUUCAAGAAAUAGAUUGAAAAAAAAAUGGUUUGACUAGAAGUAGUGAAUGGUUAUUUGUUGGGUCCAUCCCAUCAAGGGAGCUCUCAAGAACAGAUAUUAAUAGGAAAAAUGGAAAAACAAGAGUACAUAGUUAUAAGAAUUUUUAAAAAUAAAUGCAAAUUUCUAUUUACACUACAGUAAACCAUCAUUAUAUCGGAAUAAUUGUUGGGAACCCACUGACAAUGAAGGUGAAGAUCUGAUAAAAGCAGGAAUGUGAAUAAUAACAAUCCAUAAAGUAAACUAACAAUAGUGAAUAUUAAAAAGGUUGAUAUAAUUAUAGCUAUUAAUAAAAUUAUUUACCACAGUUUCUCAUGAAAAUAAUUACAACACUAUAUUUAGGCAAAAAUAUACCUAUUAUGGUAAGCCAGACACACACAUGUACAUAUGGCAUGUUUACAGUCUGCACAAAAAGUACCGUGCCAACAGUUUUUGGUUGCACAUGUUAGAUCACAAAAAAUAAAAAAAAUAAAAUAUAAUAUAUAUAUAUAUAUAUAUAUAUAUAUAUAUAUAUAUAUAUAUAUAUAUAUAUAUAUAUAUAUAUAUAUAUAUAUAUAUAUAUAUAUAUAUAUAUAUAUAUAUAUAUAUAUAUAUAUAUAUAUAUUAAAUUCUAACUCUGCCAAACACUUAGUAUUUUAUUGCAUUUCCUUGUUUCUUCAGCAGCCCUCCGAGAUGUUUUGGUACACUAUCAGCUAAAUUUUGAAGUGUCUCAGGCUUGAAUUCUGCCCAACAUUUGCAAAGCUCUUUUUCCAGCUUGGAGAGUGUGGAGCUGUCAUGGUCUUGUAAUUUGGCCUUAAUUAUAGCCCAUAAAUUCUGUUAGAGAAAUAUCUGGUGAAUAGCCAGGCCAGUCUUUUAUGGUUUUGACUUCACAGUUAUCUAGCCAUUCCUUAACAAUUUUAGCAGUAUGAGCUGGUGGCCCAUCCUGUUGGAAAAUUUUAACUUUCUCUAUUUCAAAUGAUGACUCAAGAUUAUCCAAAUACAUUUCUUCAGUGACAGUAGUGUUUUCAGGGAACACAACAAGAUCAAUGAGGGCAUUGAAAGUAAAACAUCCACAAACAAUUAAACUCUGAGGGUGUUUUGUGGUUUUCUGAGUGUAGUGGGCAUCAUUGAAAUCAGACCCUGGUUGCCUGUACUGUGGUAGAUGUACCACUCACACAAAAAGUACUUUCAUCAGACCACAAUACUGUAUGUCACUUAUAUAAGGUCCAAUCUUGAUAUUUUUUUGCAAACUGGAUCCUUUUAUUUGUCUAUGAGUCAUUUGUAAGUGGCUUUUUCUUUGUGGUAACUGCAGGAUCCAAGGCCAUGGUGCAAAGUAUCAUGGACAGUAUGGAGCUAAUAUAUUAGGAUUCCCUUCCUUAAUUUGGCAUCCUGUAAAACUGGGAUUGACCUCCAGCUGCCUCAUGAGAAGUGUCCUUGUCUUCGGUACCUUACGUGGCCUUCGAGAUGGCUUUCAUGGGAGUGGUAAAUUUUUGCUUCCACCAGCUUUGAAUUUUUGUAUUAGCUCCUGGACAGUGUGGAGCUUCAAACCCUUUUGAAUGUAGAUUUCUUUGCUAUUAAGACCUGUUUUAUGGAGAUCUAUGAUAGCUUGAAUAGUUUUCUCAUCAGGGUGCUCUCCAUCCAUGUCACUAGAUUCUGAUAAGUGAAAACAGAAGCACAAUACGAGAGUGAAAAGCAGGAAAAGCAAAUAAGGCAGGACCAUAUAUCAGCUCUCUUUGACAACUAAUCCUGUACAGAGGAGAGUCUCAACCCUCUUGGCUUUCUUGCAGAAGGAGAAUUACAGUCUACACAAAGAGUUACUGCACCAUUCUUAUAAUACGGUAACUUUUCACACAGACUGUUUAUGGCACUGAUUUAAUUUUUGCCCUCACCCCAUUCUUGACUUGGCCUGACCCAUAACUCACCACUUGGGAACUUCCAUUCCUGCCCUGACUAUCUGUAGGUAUGAAAAUAUAAUACAGUAUUCAGAUUUCUUAAAAGAAAAUAUGGCAUAUGGUAGACAGUGUAUGGCAGAUGGCAGACAAGCACCAAAUUAUGACAGAAAUACCAUAAUUAUGGCAUACAGCACAACCCUGGUGGGUGCAGUAGAUGGGUGCUCACCACCACCACCAUCACCACCUACACUCUCCCUCCUUCCCUCCCACCCUCACUCGUCACCACUAGAUGGAUGUUCCGCCUCAUUUACCAACAUUUGUUCAAUAAAUCAGAUGAGUGGUCUGUAGGCCAUACAUGUCCAAUAAAUGCGAAAUCCAAUAUAAUGGGUUUACUGUAUUCCAACCAUUUUCCUUCAUCAAAACAGUGAUUUUGAGAUAUUCAUGAAAUGCUCUUACAGUUAUGAUUAUAUGCUUUAGUCUCAAUACUUGUUUGAUUAAUUAGCUAUGAACACUGAGUUUAGUGCACUCAGUUCACAACUGAGAGCUUGAGGAUUUGAAUCUCAAGAUGGGCAUAAACAUUUUAAGACUCACCUUUUAAUUUUGCUGCCUGUGUUCUUCAUACAGAGAACAUAAUUGGGAUUAAAGUUGAGGAAUUGUGAUCAGGAGGGAGCAGAUGGUUGGCAGUUCUACUCUACUGUGUGUGUGUGCAAGUAUUCUUGCAAGAUCUGCAGCCCAAAAGUCCUGCCCUGUUGGUGUGAAUGUGCAUAGAGUAUGUGAGAAUCCUUGUUAUUGACAACCAAAAAUAUUCUACAUGUAUCACACUAUAAAAGGAGGUAAACAGGCAGGUUAUGAAAAAAUUGCAUUUAUUUUAUUUUUCUUACACAUGCCCAAGGAACCUGUUUGGAUUCAUGGUGUAAAAAUUCUGCUAAUCAAAAGAUUUUCAUCUUUGUUUCCUUCACUGAUCUGUACUCUGGAUCCUUGAUAUAACUAUGAGGCUACUGAUAGCAGUUCCCUUAUGUUAAUUUUUUUUAACCCUAGUAAUUUUUGAUGUAGCAACAAUUGAAGUUACCCAUAUGCCCAUGCCCACUUUCAUUGUAUAUAGACUAUACACAGCCCACUCUCUUGAAUCAUCUGAAUUCUCCACAAAAUUAUACAUUUGUAAAAUAGUAUUUGCAGAAGUCCGCCUCAAAUUAAUCAUCAUUGUAAGGAGGUACUUACUGUAAUAUUUUUCAUCAGUUGAUGUAUUGGAUCUUUCUCAGUGUUGCCAAUAUAUCAGUUUUUCUACUAGAUCUGUAUUUAUAACUCUCAAGUUAAUCUACUGGCAAUUCUAGUGAUGAGUUUUGUGUUUGUAUAUUUGCUCAUGUACUGUAUGUUUAUUUUGGCCUGAAUAUGGAUUUUAAUUUCAGUUCAUUAAGUAAAGUAAUUUAAACAAGUACAGUUAUAUGUAAAAACUAAAUUAAUGUGAGAUGGGUACCAGAGAAAAGGUUACAUAAAUGAGAGGUGUCACAGAAAAGGUUACAUGAGUGAGGAGUGCCACAGAGUUACAUGAAUGAGAAGUGCCACAGAAAGGGUUACAUAAGUGAGGGAUGCCACAGAAAGGAUUACAUAAGUGAGAAGUGCCACAGAAAGGGUUACAUAAGUAAGAAGUGCCACAGAAAGGGUUAAAUAAGUGAGAAAUGCCACAGAAAGGCAUACUUAAGUGAGAAAUGCCAUUGAAAGGGUUACAGAAGUGAGAAGUGCCACUGAAAGGGUUAUAUAAAUGAGGGGUGCAACAAAAAGGGUUACAAAAGCUAAUUGUCAUCAAUGAAAAAAUUCAAGAACCUCUGAUCUCAAUGAAACUACAUCACCCUCACAAGGUUUAUCCAAGGACUCUGCAUAGUAUACAGAGUCCUUGGAGGACAGUCCACUCAAUGUUAAACUUUUGCUCUCUCUGCAACAGAUUUGCCUCCAGAGGCCAGAGGGAACCAUUAUUCUUACUAACAUAGGUUUACCAUUACCCACACCUUUGAGACCUAAUUUAUCUUGAGUUAUCAUGUCCACUAGUAUCACUGUACAUAAUCUGGCUGCAGAAAUAUGUAGAUUUAUGUAUCAAGUUUAAUUUUGAUAGAAUUAAGUAUAACACCAGUAUUCUCUCCAGUAACUAAAGUUGUGGGUAUGAUCACCCCAUCUAAUCUCUCUACAUGCCCAUUUCAAGAAAAUCCUUUCCACAGCACCCACUCUAGACUAUUGUGCCAUAUUCUAUGGCAAAACCACAGAUGUUAAUGUUAGCAAACCAGUACAAUUUUUUUAUUCCUCCCUGAAUGUCAGCUAUUUUUAAGGUUCACCUACCUUACACCUCUCAUUUCUUUUGUAUAAUUCCAUGGGUUCAUAAUUGUUAACAAAUAUUUAUUCUUUGUACAGUCGUAGGCUUUAGUGAGGCUCUAGCUCUCCGAACCAUAUGUUAGGAUGGGUAAAAUGCACAGAUUACUUAUGUACUUUUCUUUUUUAUUCAGUGGAAAAGUUAUUCUAAAUCACAUUGCUUAGUUUCCUAAAGCUACUUCAUCCUAUUUUUUCUUCUGUCGAUUCCUUUUCAUGGUCUGGGCUCAAAAUUCUCCUUCCCCCUUACCUAAAAAAAUACUAUGUUCAUGAACACAUUCUAUGACUUCAUUCUCAAUUCAAAUUUUUUGUCUGAUAUAAACUUUUUGGACAUUUUUCUUCAAAUUCAUCCUCAACCAUAUUAUUUUUCUCUGUAUAACUGUAAUGUCAUCCAAAUCUCUCUCUCUCUCUCUCUCUCUCUCUCUCUCUCUCUCUCUCUCUCUCUCUCUCUCUCUCUCUCUCUCUCUCUCUCUCUCUCUCUCUCUCUCUCUCUCUCUCUCUCUCUCUCUCUCUCUCUCUCUCUCUCUCUCUCUCUCUCUCUCUCUCUCUCUCUCUCUCUUUUUUUACAUAAGAGGGUCACUGGCCAAGGGAAACAAAUUGAGGUGCUGGUCCCAAAACAGAUGUCAAGAGAAUCAUUGAAAAUUGAAGGGUAAGUGUCUUGAAACCUCUCUCUUGAAGGAGUUCAAGUCAUAGGAAGGAGGAAAUACAGAAGCAAGUAGGAAGUUCCAGAGUUUACCAAAAACAGAGAUGGAUGGCUGAGAAUACUGGUUAACUCUUGCAUUAUAGAAGUGGAUAGAAUAGGGAUGAGAGAAAGAAGAAAGUCUUGUGCAGCGAGGCUGUGGGAGGAGGGGAGGCAUGCAGUUAGCAAGAUUAGAAGAGCAGUUAGCAUGAAAAUAGUGGUAGAAGAUAGCAAGAGAUGCAACAUUGCAGUGAUGAAAAAGAGGCUGAAGACUGUCAGUUAGAGGAGAGGAAUUGAUAAUACAAAAGCUUUUGAUUCCACCCUGUCUAAAAUAGCAGUACGAGUGGAACCCAAACUCCAUACAUGGAUGGAUAAGGCCCCUGCACAGAUUUAGCAGCUGGGGGGAGUGAGAAAAACUGGCAGAGAUGACUCAGAAUGCCUAACAUUAGAAAAAAUAGGGAUAUUGAUUAACUUUAGGUAAAGCACAGGCAUAACAAAAAGAUUCAGAAAAGAACAUCUCCUCCAACAUGAGAGAGAGAAACUUAUUGUACAUGGUAAAGAGAGAAUGACUUCUAGGCCUCUUGUGGCAACAUUGCAGAAAUUAAAUAAAAAAAAUAUAUAGUAAUAAAUAUUAAAAAUAUAUAAAUUUCACUUAGUACAACAUUGCAGAAAUUAAAUAAAAAAAUAUAUAGUAAUAAAUAUUAAAAAUAUAUAAAUUUCACUUAGUACACAAGAAGAAAGAAAUCAAUGAUACUUUUGAGUAAGAUACAGUUGGCAUUGGCUUCUUUGCUCACCUACAUUUACCACAUUUAGUAGCAGCAGGUAGACAUUGGUGGUCACACAGGAGACAGAACUGGAAAGAUGAGGACAGGAGUGUGUAGGUGGAGUGCCUCAUACUGUAGGGCCCUCCUGGGGCAUUGUACACCUUGACAUUUGCCCUUAUUUCAGCAGUGGCUAGUCAUCUGAAUUUGAUGACUCUUGUACUAAGCACUUGUUUCUUAGGCUCAGGUUCUGGUGGGAAGAAACAUAUGAUGUUAUGUUAAGAUUGUAGACAUUUUUGAGAAAGAAUCAAAAGCUAUUGCAAAGCUUAUGAAAAUGAGGAAUGUUUUUAUAAGUUUUAAAAGGUGUUUAAGAAACAGCUUUACCCUAUCAACAAUGGCACACAGCUCCAUAACAGGGAAUGGGAAUAGAGAACAACAUUCAAGAAUAUGUGCAAUGAAAAUGAAUUACCUAAGGAGCAUGUGGAGUGACAGAUGAUAGGGCAAGACCAUUGAAAAUAUGUAUAUGAUGGAGUAUGGAUGCAUGUACAAAUGAAGUGAAAAGGAGAAUGGCAAAGGAGAUGAGAUGCACAGUGAGGUGCUUUUUUAGUACCAGUUUCAUAUUCUCUAUUACUUAGAAUUAAAAGUGAUAAAGUUGAGGGAAUACCAGAGCAGAGUAAAUGAAGUUCAGUGCUCACCUUGUACCUUGGGCCACCUUUUCUCUUAGGGGCAUGCUUUAGGGCCUCACUAGUGUCAUCCUCUUCUUUGGAUGAUUUUGCCUCUGUAGUUUCUUAAGCAUGCUCCUUUCAGUAAUGAAACCAAAACAUAUAGAUGUUAGCAAGAUUUAAUUUCAGUUUUAAUGUCAGCCAUAGCAAAAUACUUUCAUAGUACUUAGGAUAUUGCUUUGAGUCAACAUUGUAAAUAAGCAUUUAUGUACACUUACUGGUGACAACUUUGCAGACAGCAGGAUCAGUAAAUGCUAGCUUUCCCUUCCUUCCCUUCAAGCUAUUUGAUGACCACAGACCAUUGCUCCCAAGCUUUUCAAAAAACCUAUGAACUGUGUCUCCAAGGCUGUGCUUUCCUAAAGAUGACAAAUACAGUGUCUGCAAUAAAUAAUAUCAUCAUAAUUAAAAUGUAUUGUUCUUCAGCACAAAAAAUAAUCUGACAUCUAUAUUCAAAGUAUCCAGAACUGCCAGUAAUAAAUAAUAGAAGCACCAAAA